UAAACGCCGCCGUCCUUUCCACGCUAUCUGUCUGUCACACCCAGCAGCGCAGCUGCCUCUCCCUCUCUCAGAGUCAUGUUUCUCUCCUGAAAAGGGAUACUGAAAUCUGAUUAGUUGCAGGGACGACGAUACGAAUCCCACGUCGAUUCCUGAAGCAAAAAUUUCCCAGUUUGAAUUUUCUCUGUUUGUUCUGCUCUCUUUACUGCUUUGCUUUUCAUCAUAGACAGUCUUCUUUUUCUCUCUCGCAGCAGCAGCUCUGCUGCUUUCCGUUUUCGUACAAAUCCCAACUAUAGCUUCCAUUUGUUUGACCCAACAUUUUCAACGGUCAAAACGGCACGCUUUUCCAUUUUGGAGCACCUCUGCUGCUGCAUACCGAUUCACCCCAUUUGCUUUUAUGGACAAUCAAAGUAAGAUUGGCUUUCGCUAAAGUCAGCCUCAAACACUACAACUGGACUUCUCUCAUAUGGUUCUACACUUUUAGCCUUCGGUCAGUUAAGUUUGUUAUUCGGAGCAUGUAUCACGCAAAGAAAUUCUCGAUGACGAGUUUAGUGCCUCACAAAGGUCAAGGUGGAGGUGGUGAGCCGGUUUCAACGGGUGCUGGAGUCUCGGGGGGAUGUGCUACUGUCGUGAUAAAAAACUCAACGCCUGCUGCUUCUGCUGGGGGAACUGGGAAGCAACGUUUGCGCUGGACUUCCGACCUUCACGACCGUUUUGUCGACGCCAUCAGUCAACUUGGCGGACCAGAUAGGGCUACACCGAAAGGUGUUCUGAGAGUGAUGGGUGUACCUGGACUUACCAUCUAUCAUGUGAAAAGUCAUUUACAGAAGUAUCGCCUUGCAAAGUAUCUUCCGGAAUCUCCUGGUGAUGGUAAAGCUUCAGGUUUUAAUGAUGAGAAGAAAAGUUCUGGAGACAGCCUUUCUGCCACAGAUUCUUCACCGGGAAUGCAAAUUAAUGAGGCACUGAGGAUGCAAAUGGAGGUUCAGAAGCGUCUUCAUGAACAGCUUGAGGUACAAAGACAGUUGCAAAUGAGAAUAGAAGCUCAGGGAAAAUACUUGCAGAAGAUCAUUGAGGAGCAGCAGAAAAUAGGUGGUGCACCGGAAGCUUCUGAGACUUCCGCAUUGGAUGAUGACAAACAAAAGACAUCUCAUUCAGAAUCACCCGGUGAUGAUUCUGCAGGGCCCUCUUCUCCCCAGAAGAAACAAAUGGUGGAUGAUGGACUUACAGUUGGCCUUGCCUCCUCAGCAACACCAAAACGUGAUCAAAACAAAGAGUUUGUUAAUCAUUGGGAUCAGGAACUUUUAUGGAAGUGAUGAUGGGUUUGGAUCAGUCUUGGGGACUGAGUUCAAGGAGGGAGAAGCUGGCGUAGCGCAGAGAGCACCCCAUGAACUGGUUUGUGUGAGGUUCAAAAAUAUAGUGUACUCCCCAUUGUUAAUGUUUAUGAUGUUUGUGGCAGAAAUUAUAUACCAUGAUUUGUGUAAAUCUAUACGUGCACUCCCUUUGUAGAUAAUGAUCAAAUACAGAAUUCCUAGUUAAUCUCU